CUGUCAGGUCAUGAAUCAACUGGGUUCAGAGGUCAGGACGGCUGUGUAAGCGGACAAUAUGGAUUACUUUAGAGAACUGAGAGACAAUAUGCUGUCCUUUGCUGACGAUAUUGAGGAGCGUGCUUUGUCAUCAGAUUGUGUUUUGGCCGCGAUUGAGAACUUUGUCGAGACACUGGGCCGUAUAAGUGCACUUCAAGACAUUGACAUCGAUGAAGAACUAAUAGAUAGAUUAAGAGAAAUUGAGCACCGAGUAAGUGUACAAGAAGUCCAAACACCAAGCGCGGGAGCGGGGCGCCCGCCUUUGGAUAUACCAAUUUCUGUGCUCACUACAUUUGCGAUGGCCGGUUUGUCAACCCAUGAAAUUGCUCAUCGGUUUGGUGUGUCAUCCAGCACAAUACAGAGGAGACUGUCUGAAGAGGGGUUACGGAGGUCAGACUUAUACUCUCCAAUUACAAAUGAUGAUUUGGAUGCUUUGGUGAUGGGCAUCCAGCGUGCUCAUCCAAACGCUGGCUACAAAAUCAUGCUAGGACAUGUCCGAUCCAGGGGCAUACACAUUCAAAGGCAUCGAUUAAGGGCAUCAAUGCGGCGAGUUGAUCCAGAAGCGAUCUUGAUGCGACGAUUAACCAUCCAGACUGCAAGGCGGCGUCAGUACAAUGUUCCUGCUCCCAACAGUCUGUGGCAUAUAGAUGGGAAUCACAAGCUAAUAAGAUGGAGGAUAGUUGUCCAUGGUGGAGUGGAUGGAUUCUCCAGGCUAAUAGUUUACCUUGGUGGUGCCACAAACAAUAGAGCUUCGACUGUUCUUGACAGCUUCUUAUCUGCCGUUAGCCAAUAUGGUGUUCCAUCUCGAGUUAGAUCUGACAAGGGGGGUGAAAAUGUGAUGGUAGCUCAAUUCAUGGUCCAAACUCAUGGGGAGAACAGGAAUUCUCAUAUAACUGGAAGGAGUGUUCAUAACCAGAGAAUCGAGCGCCUUUGGAGAGAUGUGUAUGAGAAUGUCCUUGAUCUCUACUACAACAUCUUUAUCCAGAUGGAAGCUGAUGGAGUUCUAAAUCCAGAUGAUGAGAUUGACCUGUAUGCCCUACACAGAUGCUUCAUGUCACAUAUUCAGCACAGCCUUCAGUGUUUUAAGCAGGCAUGGAACCAUCAUGGACUAAGAACAGCAAGCCACCGCACACCUAUGCAGUUGUGGUUAUUAAAUGACAAGGAGGGACAAGAUUCCUCAGAGGUUGAUGAGGAUUAUGGUGUUGACUGGGAAGGACCACAUAUUCCCUGCACUUCCAGUGUCAGUGUUCCUGACGUCCAACUCCAGCGCCCAUUGAGUCCCCAAGACCUUGCAGCCCUGCCCCACCCUGGCGUUCCUUUGAGUCAAGUGCUGGGAGUUUAUAUGGAGACGGUUCAGAGCCUCAGAGCUUUGAGUCAAGCAUAAUGUAUUCUGACAAAACAGGAAGAGCAACUUUAGUUCUUUUGCAGAAGCUUUUUUUUUUUGGCAUGUGCCUGACAGUUCAUUCACAUUUUUAAAAUUGUCACUGUCAAUUUUAAGUUCUUUUUAUUUAUACUGGCAUAUUGGUAGUAAGAGGGCUAUUUCCAUUGUCACUGUGAAGAUUAUUUUUCUUCUAGAACAUUUGGAUAUAUGGCUAAAAUCCUGUAAAUUAUCAUCAGUUAUCAGUGUUGCAUUUCUCAUGGUUGAUCUCAUGACCUCUUCAUUUAAAAACAUGUACCCACCCAUUAUAGAUCAUUUCAAUUAAAUGAAAUUGCUUUUAAAGUUGUACUUUGUUUUUAUUAAUACAAACAUCUGUGGUUAAAUCUUAUCGAUGUACAUAACAAAAGUUUUAAUUUACAUCUCUGAUAUGUACAUAACA